ACAAACAAACAUGUAAUAGGUUACCUGAAGACUAAUCAGCCAGUGUUUACUGACAAUUUACAGUGGACAUUAUCAACAGAACAUCAAAAUAAUUCCAAUCAAUCAUCUCCCCACAUACAAGCAUAAACACACUAAGUCAAAUUUAACACGCAUAUAAAAACACGAUUUGUAACAACGCAAAUUCAGUUUACAAUCGGGCUAAUUCGCUCGGUCAGCAAGUGGCAGUAUCCUGGUACACUGCGGAGUAAACUGCCAGUGAACGGAUCACAAGAAGACUAGAACAUCUGCACAUGCGCGGUACGGAUCAGGUAGACCCGAUCUGUACGGUCCGACGUUUUUUUUUUUUUUUUUCAUUUUUAUCUACAUUAUAUUGAAAUGUUUCAAUAUUGCAAACAUUUUAAUAGAUACUUAUUAUUUUUAACAUCUUAACAGAUACUCUGACCCCGUAACUAUCGUAAAAUGCUUCGAGUGGAAGUAAACGCCUUUCGCGCAUGCGUGGAACCGAUCGGGUUUCUGGUACCACGCAUGCGUAGUGACAGGUACAGUCCAGACCGACAGAGCCUUUAUGACAUCAUCAUGCUACUCAACAGGUCAGAAGCCAAAAGUUAUCACCCAGACAGGAACUAGCUACUAGCAGAAAUGACUGCUGAAGCUAUCAACUUAAAUCAUAUGGAUUUACAAGAGAGUCGCAAGAAUCCACUGGACGAAUUAAGGUCUGUAGAAACUGAAAAACAGAUUCUCUUCAAUGAUAAGCAGGAUUUUGUUAAAGUUCUGAAAAAAUUUAACGACUUCAAGGAUGAGCUUAAAAUCAUUUUCCAGAGAGAGAAAGAUGAUUUGGAUGGCGAAAAUCAACGUCUAGAAGAAAAGAAACGGAGGCUUGAGCAGGAAAGCAAAGAUUUGGACACAGCUAAGACAGAAAUUCAAAAAGAAUGGAAGCAGAUUGAAGAAGUUAAAACAUCAAAUCAGGAAUUUCUAGAAGAUUUGAUUACGAAAAAAUCUGAAACGGAAAAGCUUUGGAAAUCGCUGCAAGACAGCAAAGCAAACGCGAUUGAAGAAAUAAACCAGAUGAAAAGAGAUCUGGAGAAAGAGAAAUUCGAUUUUGAUGAAUCAAAGAAAUUAUCAGAAAACAAACUUGAAGAACUGAGACAGGCUUUGCAGGCUGAGAGAGACGAGUUCGAACAGCGGAAAUCUAGCUCAGAGCUGGAGACUGAAAAUGCUCGACAGAUUCUGCAAGAAGAGAAAGAAAAUCUACAACUUAUUUGGCAAAAUCUGGAGGAAGAGAAGAUGGAUUUUAAAAAUAAGCUUCAAAUAGUAAAGCUAAAGUUAACUGAAAGUCAAAAUCAUUUACAGAAAGGCAUUCAAGAUUUAAUUCUCCAGACAAAAGCCCUGCAGGAAGAUCAGUUGAACUUUGACAAAGCAAAGGCUGAAACAGAAAAUGAGCAUGAAGAAAUAUACAGCAUUCUCAAGGAAGGCUGCACAUGGUUAGACUUGGAGAAACAAAGCCUGGAGCAGCAGAAACUCAAAUUUGUGGAAGUUCAGAACAAAUUGGAUCAGAAUAAUAAGGAACUCCUGCAAAAAGAGAGAGAACGGAUGAAUCAGGAGCUGCGAGAGGAAAAUAUUCACUUUCUUGAACUGAUAAAAGCAGAAAGACUUCGUCUAAAAAACGGUCAGAACAAUUUGCAGGAGGGAUUAGAAGACCUGAUUCUCGACAGGAAAAUGUUUCAGAAGGAAGUGAUUCACUUUGAAACACAGAAGACAGAAUCUGAAAAGGAGAAUGCAGAAAUAUACAGUCGUCUCCAAGAGGGGUUCGACAUUUUACAUGUCAAGAAGGAAAGUCUGAUGCAACAGAUGGCAGAAUUUGAGGAAAAACAGAAAGAAUCAAAUCAGCUUAUUAUGGAAUAUCAGACUCUCCAGGAUGAAAGGGAACAUUUAGAGCUGAUGAAACAGAGUCUGCAGGAGGAAAAGAAUCAGUUUGUUGAACUGAUUGCAACAGAAAAACUUAGUUUACAUGAGAAACAAAUGGUUUUGAAGAAGGGAUUAGAAGAUCUGAUUCUUGAUAGGAAGAGUCUGAGUGAAGAGAUGAUUCACUUUCAGCAGAAAAAGGAAGAUUCACCUCAUGAAAUGAAUUCAGUCCUUCAGACUCUGAAAGACGAGAGAGAAAGCUUAGAGCUGAUGAGGCAGGCUCUGGAACAGGAAACAGAGUUUGAAGAAGCAAAUCAAAAAGAAACCUCCAACAUAAAUGAUACAGAAACAGCUGCGGAGGACGAGGUAGAAAGUCCUCCUGCUCAGACUGAAUUUCUGCAGGAACGAAUGAUGAGUUUUGAACUUCCCCAUGCUAAAUCUGAAGAGGAGAUAAGUGAAAUGUACAAUUAUCUCCAACAUGGGCUUAUAUAUUUAGACGCUGGACUGGAAAGUCUGGAAAAUCAGAGGAAUACAUUUGAAGAGAUGGAGAAAGAGUCUUAUCAGACUUUACGAGACAUCCAGCGGGGUCUCCAGGAGGAGAGAGAUAGUUUAGAAAUGAAGAAACACAGCCUGGAGGAAGAAAAAUUGGAGUUGGAAAAAAUGAUUGCAACAGAAAAUCUUAGUUUACAUGAGAGACAAAAAGAUCUGGAGAAGGUAUUAGAAGAUCAGAUUCUUGUUAGGAAAAUGUUUCAGAAGGAAGUGAUUCAGUUUGAAACACAGAAGACAGAAUCUGAAAAGGAGAAUGCAGAAAUAUACAGUCGUCUCCAAGAGUGGUUCGACAUUUUACAUGUCGAGAAGGAAAGUCUGAUGCAACAGAUGGCAGAAUUUGAGGAAAAAGAGAAAGAAUCACAUCAGCUUUAUCUGGAAAGGUAUCAGACUCUCCAGGAUGAAAGGGAACAUUUAGAGCUGAUGAAACAGAGUCUGCAGGAGGAAAAGAAUCAGUUUGCUGAACUGAUGAAAACAGAAAAACUUAGUUUACAUGAGAAACAAAAAGAUCUGGAGAAGGGAUUAGAAGAUCUGAAUCUAGAUUGGAAAAUGUUUCAGGAGGAAAUGAUUGACUUUGAAACACAGAAGAUAGAAUCUGAAAAGGAGACUGCAGAAAUAUACAGUCGUUUCCAAGAGGCAUUUGAGGAAAAAAAGGAAGAAUCAAAUCAGCUUGAUCUGGAAAUGUAGAGCUGACGAGGCAGGCUCUGGAACAGGAAAUAGAGUUUGAAGAAGCAAAGAAGAGUUUCAAGAAUCUGAAGGACCAACAGCAUUUAAUGAGAGAAAUGCGAGUAACUGAACCCAAACAAUGUGACAAAGAUGGUUUAUUUGCAAGAAGGGACAGAAAAUCUUUUAUGACUCUUAAUUUAGAUUUUCCUUAUAAUUUAGACUUCCUUAUAAUUUAGACUUCCUUAUAAUUUAGACUUCCUUAUAAUUUAGGCUUACUUAUAAUUUAGGCUUACUUAUCAUUUAGAUUAAUAGUCCAAUCGUAUACUUAGGGGUUAGGGUUAGAGCUCAACUAUAACCAUGUGUCAUCAUUUUAACUUCAUGCACUUUAAGGGGAGCUAGGUUUCAAUCUGGGACGUAAUUUUGGGGGGGGGACGGGUGGGACAUGUCCCCCCCACUUUUUCAAAAGGCAGUUUCGGUCCCCUUCACUUUUUUCCGUCCAAAAACAAUAUUACGCUCCAUUAAAUGGAUUUGAUUGAGCACUAGGACCGAAACGGAAACCGGUUUCCUAUUAGACCCGCCCAAAAGCUAAUCUAUUGGCUCUGCUGAUACUUGCUAACGUAUUAUUGGCUGUUGCUGCUGUCACUCCAAGUUGUAAACAGAACGUGCUCACGUUGUUUUGCUAGUUUGGAGCCGCUAGGGAACACCGGUACUGAGUCACAUCGUCAACUAGACGCUGUGUAAUAUCAGAGCUCAGCUCAGCUUCCAUUAUAUAACAUUUGAAUAAGUGUUCAUUUGUGAGUCUUUGGUAGUUAUGCACAGCCAGGCGGCAGCAUGUCAAGAAACGAAAGUGGAUAUAAGAGACUUCUUUCAAAGUCAAAACGUGACUGACAGAGAUGCAGGAGGAGAGACCGGUGAAGGUACAGCAGGAGAGGCUGUAGGAGAUGGAGGACGAGAGCCUGGAGGAGAUGGAGCAGAGGCUGGAGGCUCACAGGUGAGUGUGUUGGGGAGCUGCAGCUGAAGCCAAUUAACUCCAGCUUGGCCAGAGGAUUUAAGGAACAGCGCUCCCACACCUCAACGCCGGUUGAUACUCAAUUGUUGGGUAGAUCCUGUCCUAAAUCAGAGAUACCUGAAAAUUAGUUUUGUCUGUUCUAACCUGAUCUGCAUUUUUGUCUGCCCCAGUCCUGGAUACUCUCCGCCUGCCUGAGGUGUGUUUUUUUUUUUUUUUUUCAUCUCGGCGUUGUUCGGUUCUCUGGCCUUCGCUCUCCACCACUCACCUGCCUUCCUGGAUCCAACCCUUCUCCUUCGACAACCUCCACCCUGCAUCAGCCUGACUUGCCUCUCCCUCCAGCUCGUACCCUGCUCAAUUCAUCGGAGUCGUCCUGUUUUCCUGUCCCUUUGGAUCAGCGCUCUUAUUUACUAUUCUUUGAUUUCUUUGUUUUCCUUCAUAAUAAAGACAUUUAUAUCAUCGCUCA